GUCUCCCCUCUACUCCAUUUACCCCUCUCUCUCUCUCUUCUUUCUCUCUCUACACUUCCACCGCGCACAUUGCACAACGCCGAAUACACAGCAGCGAAUAAUAGAAAGUAAGGAAAGAAAAAUGAGAGAAAUUCUUCACAUUCAGGGAGGGCAAUGCGGGAACCAAAUCGGGUCCAAGUUCUGGGAAGUGAUCUGCGAUGAGCACGGCGUCGAUCCGGCGGGGAAGUACAAGGGUGACGGUUCCGACGCCACGGAGUUGGAGCGGAUCAAUGUCUACUUCAACGAGGCAUCUGGUGGGAGGUACGUCCCACGCGCUGUGCUCAUGGAUCUGGAGCCUGGGACCAUGGAUUCUAUCAGAUCCGGCCCGUAUGGACAGAUCUUCCGACCCGACAAUUUCGUGUUCGGCCAGUCCGGAGCGGGAAAUAAUUGGGCCAAGGGGCAUUACACCGAAGGCGCGGAGCUGAUUGAUUCGGUGCUCGAUGUUGUCAGGAAGGAGGCAGAAAAUUGUGAUUGCUUGCAAGGGUUCCAGGUGUGUCACUCCCUUGGAGGAGGCACAGGUUCUGGCAUGGGUACCCUCUUGAUUUCAAAGAUAAGAGAGGAAUAUCCAGACAGGAUGAUGCUCACCUUCUCUGUUUUCCCUUCACCCAAGGUCUCCGACACUGUUGUUGAACCCUACAACGCCACACUCUCAGUUCACCAGUUGGUCGAGAAUGCCGACGAAUGCAUGGUUCUUGACAACGAAGCCCUUUACGACAUCUGUUUCAGGACUUUAAAGCUCAGCACCCCUAGCUUUGGUGACUUGAACCAUUUGAUCUCUGCAACAAUGAGUGGUGUCACAUGCUGUUUGAGAUUCCCCGGGCAGCUGAACUCCGACCUUAGAAAGCUGGCGGUCAACUUAAUCCCCUUCCCACGUCUUCACUUCUUCAUGGUGGGUUUUGCUCCGCUCACCUCUCGUGGGUCACAGCACUACAUCUCCCUCACAGUCCCCGAGCUGACUCAGCAAAUGUGGGACUCGAAAAACAUGAUGUGCGCAGCCGACCCACGCCACGGCCGAUACCUAACAGCCUCCGCCAUGUUCCGUGGCAAAAUGAGCACCAAAGAAGUCGACGAACAGAUGCUCAAUGUCCAGAACAAGAACUCGUCCUACUUCGUCGAGUGGAUUCCGAACAAUGUCAAGUCCAGCGUGUGCGAUAUUCCUCCAACCGGUCUGAAAAUGUCGUCCACGUUCGUCGGGAACUCGACUUCGAUUCAAGAAAUGUUCAGGAGGGUGAGCGAGCAGUUCACAGCUAUGUUCAGGCGUAAGGCUUUCUUGCAUUGGUAUACUGGAGAAGGUAUGGACGAGAUGGAAUUCACCGAAGCUGAGAGCAAUAUGAACGAUCUUGUGGCGGAGUAUCAGCAGUACCAGGAUGCAACUGCAGACGAGGAGGAAGAUUACGAAGAGGAGGGAGUCGAAGAGCAAUACGAGGGCUAAACCUAAAAAGUGGCUGCUAUUACUUCUACUAUUAUUACUGUUUUCUUUCUUAGUAAUCAGUUUCUAAUAUUGAACAAUUAUCUAUGUCUUUUGCUUUAAGUUUUAGUUUCUUUUUUUUUCGAUUGAGACCUGAACUUUUCUUGCAUUUUCAGCUGGUUUUUAAUUGUUGAGUACUAUUUGUGCAUUUGUUUGUUAUAAGUAUUGUUUUUAGUACA